AUGGCUCCGAAGAAGUCACUCUCCGACGCCUCGUUCGGUGACGACAACGACGAUCUCUACCAGAACCCAGACGGUGUCAAUGCCAUCGACGACGAUGAUGACGAAGACGGCGACUACGGAGCUGAAGCCAACACCUCGAAGGAUGGAAAGAAGAAGCGCAAGUCGGUUGCCAACCGCAAGCUCAUGCGCUGGAACGCCGACAAAGACCAGCUUCUACUUCUGCAGAUCGAAGCUGUCUGUGCGAAGCGUAACAUCACCCUGCCGUGGGAUGAUAUCGCUCGCGCGACCGCACCGUUCUUGACUGGUGAAGCAGUCAAGCAGCAUAUCACCAAGGUGUACCGCACCCGCGUUGCUCAUGGCUUCCAGGUCCCAGUCCGCCAUGAUAAGAACACUUCGGCCAAAGACGCCAAGACAGAGUAUGAUGGCAUCGACUCCAAGGCUGAAGCAGGUACGAAUUCUCAAUUACUUCACUGGGUAUUUCCUCCUGGCAGAGGUGGCAAGGCAGGCGCCUUUGCAGAAGGGGCGGAUUCUCAGAAGAGCAUGAAGAAGGAGGCAGGUGGAGACGGAUAUGGUGUGACGCCAAAGAAGGCUGGAGGGGGUAGUGGUGCGCUCGUGACGCCGCAGAAGCCUUUCGCUCGGUCGUUCUCUUUCUCUUCAACGCAAGCGACCCGCGGCAGUUCACCAACGCCCGAGUCCAAGUCGACCGGCAACCGUGGGCGUGGCCGUGGUAAGAAGGCUCAGUCGGAGCUCUCCGCGGCGAGGGUUGAACAGGAUGCCCUCCCCACCCCAUCCAAGUCUACAGGCAAGCGUGGGCGUGGUCGCAAGCAGGAGAAUCAUCGCACCCCCAUUAGCCCUUCUGGAUGUAUCAUCCCUGGAUCACAUGGCAGCUCCCCAUCCAAGAAGCAGAAGAUUGGUGGCGUGGCUACUGAUGGACUGCCUCGCCGUGCGAAGGCUAUCGUGAACUACCAAGAGCAGCUGGAGUCUGACGAUGAGGCUCCGGUGGCAUCCCAGCCCGCCGAUGAGGACGAGUCAUACGGAGGCCAAGGUGACGAAAUGGCCAAAUUCCAGGAGAUGGUCAAGAACAACCAGGCAUCCUAUCUCAUGGACUACGGAGCCACCGCAUACGAUGUGCAAGAGAAGAACGCUCUCAAUCGUAUUACUGCUCCGAUGGGCUACAAUGUCAAUGUGUUCGCCAUGCCUGCGGCACAAUCGUUCGACUCUAGGCCAGCGAUGCAAGCGCCUCGGCACGAAGACUUUCCCACGCUUCCAGCCUCCGUCACUGCGGUGAUGAACCGCCCCAAUGGGGUCACUCGCGACAGCAUGAUCGGUGGCAACAGGUUGGAGAGAUCUUUGUCCGGCAACACCCUGGCUGAUGAGAACUUCGGCAGCGGCAAUACGAGCAGUUCUUCCAGCGGUGCCACCUUGGUAAACGACUGGACCGAUGCCAACGGUCAGCCAUGGGAGGCUACUCAUACUGGCUACAGCCUCAACUACACCGAUGAUGGGUCUCACGUUGACGCUCCUUGCCGCCUUGACGCGAACACGGGCGAAGUGUCCUAUCCUGUGGACCAAUCCUACCACAGCAGAUACGGCAGCAACGCAGCUCAGCAGGCAAACCUCAACGCCCAUCACAACAACAGCUUCGGCAGCAACACCACGCAGCAGUCAAGCUUCAACAAUGGUCUGACUCACAGCUUUGGCAGCACAAUGGCACAGCAGUCGAACGCAUCUCUCAACGACAGCUUUGCGAGACAGAUGUCCAACUUCAGUACUGAAGCCCAGAGCUCCAUUCCGCACAGCGAUGCUGAGACGCUGCCAUGGUCUCCUAGCGGUCAGAGCUACAACAACACCGUCUGCCCGCCUUUCACGCACUCGAACGGUUUCCCGAACGGAUUGAGCUGCAACCCACCUGGCGAGGGCGACCUCAGCUCUUUGCACCCGCACUACAUGAACUACCCUCCGCAUGUGGACAACUUCCAACGCGGUCACAAUGUCACCAAUCAAGUUCAGGGCAUGGGGCAAGUUCCGCGCUUCGGCAACACUGACCACAGCACCGGCAACGUCGUCAACUCGAACAGGCUCCUCCACACCAGUGCGUCGGCCCCAGGCACCACGAACAACGGCGGGAGAGCCAGCACUACACCCGGCUUUCCACAGACGAACUACUACACCGGCGCCCCAUUCGCCCGCUCGAGCCCGAACACGAUGAUGGGGGCGAUGAGCUUCAACGAGGAUAGCGAGUUCGACGCAUUCGCGCAGACCACCAGCACCAACGCCAGCCAGAGCAGCCAAGGCACUUACGACCCGUCGCUCAACCCCUUCAUCCAUGGGCUCAACUGGGCCGAAGAUGGCGACGGAGACCUCUUGUGGGAAGGGAGUAGCAUCGUGUGA